ACUGGAGGGACCACAAUCUUGCUUUCGCCGGGAAAGGUUCCAGUCGAACAUUCAUCGGUAAAGACCUGUUAUUGCAGGAUUGGACUGCUUGUCAUGGGAAGCCAGAUGAUCUAGCCAUUGUCGUCAUCAUGGACACCUUUGCUAGGCGCGGCCUGCAUGGUGCUGUCAAAGAACAUGCAGAUCUAUACAAGUCUCUACACCCCGAAGGCUUGACUACUUCCAAUUAUCUCUGGCCCCUUAUAUACGUUCAUGCGAUAAACAUGAGACCAACGCAAGCUGCCGAACAACUCGACCGGUUUGAAGAAGAAUAUGGUGUCUCACCCGGACUUCGUCUUUGGAACAUUGCUUUACAUGCUUAUGAACAGGCCGAUGACCUAGUUGGAGCCGACAGUUUAUUUCGCAAGAUGCUGGAAGCGGAUAUUCAGCCCGAUCGAUACACUUACGGCUCAUUGUUGAACCUGUAUGCCAAGCGUGGAGACAUCGAUGGAGUGAUCGACCUGUUGGAUUUCGCAAAGUCGAAUGGCGUGCCAAAACCGACUACCCACAUGUUGAAUAGCAUGAUUGUCUCCCUGACCAACAACCACGACAACGACAGUGCCCUGCGAGCGCUGAAUCAGACCGUCCGAGCAGUGAAAGAUGGCGAAGCAGAGGGCCCCCUGACGCUGUGUUUCAAUACCUUGCUUGUCGCAAAUGCGCACAAACGCGACCUUCAGGCUACUAUGGCAACCUACCGUCGCAUGAAAGAGGAUGAGGUCCCACUUGACGAGCGGUCUUAUGGAGCGCUCAUGCAAGCUCUCUGCAGCUUUCGUCAAUCGCCAUCAGCACACAAAAUUCUCAAGUCUGUCAUGCCUGCCAGCAACAUUCGCCCAAUGGCCUUUCAUUACAGUAUCCUCAUGGCUGGCUACAUUAAUCAAGAGAUGUUCUCCGAGGCUAUCGGGGUUGAGGCAGAGAUGAUAGAAGCGAGAGUGCGGCCGACGCCGAGCAGUCGUGCCAUCGCGUUGAAAGCACGAGCUUUAUAUGAGCAGCACAAGAAACGAGGAGAAGUAGAUGACUCUGGCAAGCAAUUGCCUCUGGAACUUGCCAUCGAGGACUACAAGAAGUUGCUUGGAGACAAUCGCACCUACCGUCACGGAAAACAGCCCUCGCCUGGUUUCCGACAUGAGUCGAGUGGAAUCGAUGUUCUGGACGCUGGCUAUCUUAUGUACAUCCAUGGCCAGCAAAGAUCUUACGAAGCCGUGCAGCACUUGUUCCAGCUGUAUCAGGACAAGCUCGCGCAACCUUCAGUUGAUGCCAGCAGAGCUCCGAUCAUGCGUCUCCUCACGACCCUCAUGUCUGCACACUGUCAGGCUGGCGAAUUUGCCGAAGUCGACAAAUACUGGGAUCUUGUAAAGUCUCGAGUUGAUGAAAUACGUGUUUCGCAUAUUCCGGCAAGCGAGCUGGUGGCAUCUGAGCGACCUGGUCCUAGUGGGAAGACGACACGAGAUCCAGAGACUGCCCAGAUACCCAAAUCCUACCGCUUUAUGCUAUCGCGACCACUCGGGUACUAUAUCGAGUCUCAAUUUGCGCAAUCGUCACCAAGCAAGCUCCAAACCUUGAUCAUGAAGCUGCUAUCACAGGGGUAUGAGUUCGACAACAAGACCUGGAACAAAUACAUUGUGCAUCUGUGUCAGACUAGUCCUCCACGCGCAUUGCUCGCCUAUAGCUUGGUUGAGAAGUUCAUGAUGAAAGACUGGCCAGGUUGGCUCCCACAACGGCACGGUCUGAUAAGUGCCAGGGAGAAUGUCUUCCUCAAGAAACAGGCCCGCAAAGAAGGACUCGAGUACAUCAAGACGCGGUAUCUCUCCCCGGGCCAACUCAUUCCGCACUAUCGCACUAUGGUGUAUCUGGCUAGCGCACUGCUGGAAGUUCGAGGCCUGGCAAGUAGCGGUUUGAGUGAGGAUCAAGAACCGGGCGUCAGCAUGCGCGACAUGCGGAAGCAGGUGGGCACUAUCCCAGACAUUCGGGAAGAGGCGCCUUUGACAUUACAUGCUGUUCAGAGUAUGCCAAGGAUCGUGGACAAACUUCAAGCAAACCUGCUCGGAGCACAAUAAGAAGCUCGAUGUGGACAAGUAUUGGGAUGAUAUACGAAUGAUAGAGUUGGGAUUGGAGUUUUCCUUUUUU